AUGAGUGAACAGACACCCCGGGGCUAUAGGCCUCUUGCGCCUCGUACCAGGCUACUCGGCGGAGGAGAUGCGGGAGAGGGGGCAGGGAGUCCUUCUGGCGGGAGUGCACCAGAAGAGAAACGCAUGAGGCGAGCAUCGACGGCUUGUACAGAGUGUCAAAAGCGCCGGACCAGGUGUACCGGCCCUCCUCAUUGCACCGAAUGCUCAACCCACGCCCGCGAAUGUGUCUUCGAUGAAGCCGCCGACAGACGCCGUAAGGCCUCCGCCAAGAGAAUCCAGGACCAAUUGGACCAUUUCCGGUCAUUCGUGGAUGAUCUCCUCGGACUCAUCCGAGAUAGUGACCGCCCAACGGUGCAAUUAAUCGUCAAUACCAUACGAUCGGGAGCAACCCCUGGACAGAUUCGAGAAACCCUCACUCGUCUCUUGGAAGAUGAUAGUCAAUUUGACUCCCGCAAUUCAGGCGUGCGCGACUCAGACCUGAACCUGAACAUUACUCCCAACAGUAACAUGGGCAAUUAUUACGGCCCUCAUCGCUGAAUUAGCCUAAUUUCUUAUCGGGCAUUAUACACAUCUCUGGACGAAUAUGUGCCAGAGUUACCCCCGUCUCCUCCGAAUCCUCGCCAAAUCUUCUCGA